AGUCUCACUCGUGCUCAGUUCAUUCGGGCGGAGCCCCGCUAUAAAUUCCUGCAAAGCUUUUUCUCAGCUCGUGCACAGGACAUUCUUUCUUCUUCAGUUGACGUCCUGCAUUUAUUAAGACAGUCACAAUGCCGUCUGAUCUGGAGAGAGCAAUGGAAACAAUGAUUGUGGUGUUUCAUCGUUAUGCGGGCAGAGAGGGUAUUAGUACAACCCUGAGCCGCAGAGAGCUCAAACAACUGAUGGAGACAGAACUGUCUAGCUUUCUUAAGUCUCAGAAGGAUGCUGCGGCCGUAGACAAGAUUAUGAAGGAUCUGGAUGCUAAUGGGGAUGGAGAAGUAAAUUUUGAGGAGUUUGUGUCUCUUGUGGUGGGCUUGUCCAUUGCCUGCGAGCAGAUCUACCAGAUAAAGCAGAAGCAGACAUUGGGUCAGAAAAAGCCAUGAAAGAACAAACAUGAGGGAAAAAAGAAUGACUUUUUGUGCAAAGUAACAGUGUAUGUGUGUUGCCAAGGAGUAUGUUUUGAUAUAAAUGUAGAAAAAUGUAGAUAAAAUUACAUUUGUCAAGUGAUGUUCGCAUUUAUCAUCCCCAGUCCUGUAAGUCUCACCACGAAAAUAAAAACGUAAUGAAUUUC